AACGAGGUGAUCGUGAGUUCAGGUUGAUUGUUUCGUGGUAUAUGUUGUAGCUAAUGAACCGAUACCAUCGUUCCAGAGUCAAGACUUUCCACCGGAAAGGCUCGAGCCAUAUCAUACCAUUUCCUCGACAAGCACAAUGAUAUUUGCUACACCCACUGGAUGCGGGGAUGCAUCGACCAGCAACGUCACUGACGAGCGUGGGGAGCCCGAUGUCGAUGAUGAAAGUUCAUGCGACGAGGACGGGGCUCCUACCGAGGCUGACAUAUUGAAUGUCACAGCGGAGUUCGUGUUUAACAGGAUGCCGAGUCAUCUCAUCUACAUUUCUGAUGACUCUGAAAUUACAACGCUUAUCGAUCGUGAGACAUUGGUCGAUCUGUUCCGUCCGGAAUUGAUCAGGGCCUGCAAGGACCUUGUCUCCAAAGACAAAAUUCUCGACGUGGUCAGGCAGAAGUUGAGAUAUGCAGCCCUUUCUCACAGAUGGCUCAGCAUCGGGGAGCCAACAGUUCCAGGAGAUUCCACAAGACCUGGAUUUAUCAAGCUCAGUAACUUUUGCAAGAAAGCAAGGGACUACGACUGUCGUCUGGCUUGGUCAGACACUUUGCAGGAACUCGAUGAGGCAAUCAGGGCGAUGUUCAAGUGGUACCGCAACGCGGAAAUCUGUAUAGUGUACCUUGCAGACUCCUCAUCCAUUUCGGACUUCCCGGAAGAAGUAUGGUUCUACCGUGGUUGGACACUUCAGGAGCUUCUUGCUCCUCCCCGAAUCAAGUUCUAUGGCAAGGUGUGGGACGAGCUCAGCUGUUCACGCAAUGACAAGGAAGACCAUUCCAUGUUAGAAGCUCUUUCUCAGAAUUUGCUAUAUUUCAGUCCAGGGUUAUCCAAGCGGAGGACAACCAGGACUGAGGAUAUCGCUUAUUCCAUGGUUGGAAUUCUUGACAUCAGCCUCAGCGUGGCCUAUGGAGAGGGAGAGCGGGCCUUCCGCCGCCUGAUGGAGGGCAUUAUGCAGGCCUGUCGUGAAUGGCAGAUAUUGGCGUGGGCUGGUCCGCAUGCACCGUUUCAGGCCAGCAUUCCCAGUUCCCCUCUGGCGUACUGCGCUUUUGACAAAGCAUCCGCCAAUAUGCUUUCACCAGGUCAUCAUAUAAUGGAUCGUCCCUCCAAGCUCGGUUUGGAACUCGAAGUAAUUCUAGUGGAGAUGAUGCUGCAGAAACCCACACCACAACGGCCGCGAGAAAAACGGACAAAAACUCAAGCUAUCCCGCGGUGCGAUAUUACCUUUCUGCCAUUCUCGCAGUGGGCGGUCGCUAUCGUGAACUACCAAGCUGAUGAAUCUGGAAAACGUGGUGGUGUCGGAAAACUCGAACCAACAAAGGAGUACCUGUGCUUCAUAUUGGGAUCCAGUAUUCACAGCGCGUAUGGGGGGUGGCAAAAGGUUGAGACGAAAAAAAUUGUGAUAAUUCGCACCAAGAGGGAGGUGUACCAACGAGUCACGACAGUGUGGCUUUAGCAUUCUGUGCACUUGCAGCAUUGCAACACAGCUCUAUCCUGUACAGGUCGGCCGCCCUUUUUUUCAUAGCGUUACACUCCAUGGACUCUUUUACAAAGGGUCUUAUUUUUAUACUACUUAAAUAAUACGUGCAUCAUAGCCGCCA